GCUGGAGGAGAUGUUCAACGGGCUCCACUUCAAGGUGACCCUGGUUAAGUGGCCGAGUGUGGGGGAUACCCUGUCUCUUCUCAGGCAGGCUGCCCAACCGAGGGAGAACCAGGAAGUUGAUGCCUUCGCCUGCUGCAUCAUCAGCCGUGGUACUGCUACCGACCUGCUGGCUACAGACUCCCACAGGCUCGGGGUGCGUCUUGACACCGUCCGACACCUCUUCAUCCCUGACUACUGCCCCAGGCUGGCUGGCAAGCCCAAGCUGUUCUUCAUCCAGACCUAUAGUGUGUCAGGCCCCCAGGGCUGCUCCUCCAGGCCCACGGGUCACCCUGCUCACAGGGAGGAGGAUCUGGAGACAGACGGGUAUGGGGAACCUCUCAGUGUGGAGUCAGUCCCCACUGACGCAGAUGUCUUCUGGAGCCACUGUUGGACAGAUGAGGGUCAGCUGGAGGAGAAGGACCAUCGGUCUGUGUACCUGCAGGCCCUGAGAGGGGCAGUUCUGACAGGACAGAGGAGGAGAACCCAUCUAGUGGAUGUCCAUACAGAGAUGAACGGGGUGAUCUUCGACCACAACAGAAGGAAUCCAGGAGCCAGAUACAACAUUAAUCUGAGACACACACUCAGGAAGAAUCUCUACAUGUUAUAGGAGACAGAAUAUAGUUUGCUCUACUGUAUAACCACUGAGCUGAGGAACCACUGAGGACUACAUUAUAUUAUACAGUAUACAACAGCACCCUCUACUGGCAGCUUUGAUAACCACAACAGCACCCUCUACUGGCAGCUUUGAUAACCACAACACCACCCUCUACUGGCAGCUUUGAUAACCACAACAGCACCCUCUACUGGCAGCUUUGAUAACCACAACAGCACCCUCUACUGGCAGCUUUGAUAACCACAACAGCACCCUCUACUGGCAGCUUUGAUAACCACAACAGCACCCUCUACUGGUGACAACUGUCUUGCAUCACAUAGAGCAGCUAGCGAGGAAGUAGUGCACUAAAAACACAUUCAGUAUUUUUCACUAUGUAUUUAUUCAAGACAUAUGUUUUUCUUUUUACUGAAGGAUUUGAGAAAAUAAUGUGAAUUCAGAUCUGUGCAUUUUUAAAUGUAGCCAAGCCUGAUAAGUAGUAAUAAAA